GUACCACACGGAGGUGAGAGUGGGGUCAUCACAGCAGGCGUUCAGCGUGGUGGUGGACACGGCCAGCGACCUGCUCUGGCUGCCCUGCGACUGCGUGCGCUGCACCGAUGGACCCUCCUCCUCCGCCACGGUAAGCACAGCCCUGCACACACGCCCACAUCGCCACCACCCCCUGCCACUCCUCCACAUGCUCCACCCGGCCCGCCAACCUCUCACCCCUGCCCUGCCCCCCUCUCUACCUGCGCCUUUCGCCCCUAUCCCUCCAUUUCCUCUGCCCACUCUCUGCCUCCCAACCCCUCCAGCCAACGCCGUUCAAGCCGGCGGAGUCCACGACGCUCACCACCAUGCCGUGCGACUCCUCCUCCUGCUCCGCCUGGGCGGACGACCGCUCGCUCUCAGUGGGCUGCAGCAUUGCACCGGACUACCCACGCCGGACUCCACGUGCCAGUACUCGCUGGUGUCGAGCUCCCCCCAGGGCAGCUCAGCGGGCAACCUGGUGCGCGACGAGGUGCAUCUGAGUUUAGAAGACGGCAGCUUCCUCGCGCCCAACCUCACCUUCGGGUACAUGUGCUGUCACCUUGGGGUUGGUGUGCAUGCGGGCGCGGUGCCAUGCAUGCUUGUGUGCUUCGCUGCUCGUCACGCUUGUCAACGCCAUGCCUCUCCCACCGAUUGCCCUACUUCCCCGCUCUUACCCCCUCUCCCCGUUUUCUCCCCCUCUCACAGCUGCGGGCGCCAUCAGUCAGGGCUGCUGGGCACAGAGAGCAGCGCCCCACGAGGCGUGCUGGGCACAGAGAGCAGCGCCCCACGAGGCGUGCUGGGCACAGAGAGCAGCGCCCCACGAGGCGUGCUGGGCACAGAGAGCAGCGCCCCACGAGGCGUGCUGGGCUUGGGCGCGGGGACGCUCGUCUGGGGGCGGUAUCAAGCAGGGGUGUUGGCAACAGACAACGGUGCCCCAGGGGUGUUGGCAACAGACAACGGUGCCCCAGGGGUGUUGGCAACAGACAACGGUGCCCCAGGGGGUGUUGGCAACAGACAACGGUGCCCCAGGGGGUGUUGGCAACAGACAACGGUGCCCCAGGGGGUGUUGGCAACAGACAACGGUGCCCCAGGGGGUGUUUGGCAACAGACAACGGUGCCCCAGGGGGUGUUGGCAACAGACAACGGUGCCCCAGGGGGUGUUGGCAACAGACAACGGUGCCCCAGGGGGUGUUGGCAACAGACAACGGUGCCCCAGGGGGUGUUGGCAACAGACAACGGUGCCCCAGGGGGUGUUGGCAACAGACAACGGUGCCCCAGGGGGUGUUGGCAACAGACAACGGUGCCCCAGGGGGUGUUGGCAACAGACAACGGUGCCCCAGGGGGUGUUGGCAACAGACAACGGUGCCCCAGGGGGUGUUGGCAACAGACAACGGUGCCCCAGGGGGCGUGCUGGGCUGGGCACAGGGGCGCUGUCUCCCCCCAUCUUCCCACUUCCUCUCAUUCCCUUGGUGCCACUCCCCUCUUCCCCCCAUUUUCUCCCCCCAGCUGCGGGCGGUACCAAACAGGAGUGUUGGCGACGGACAACGGUGCGCCAGGGGGCGUGUUGGGGCUGGGCACGGGGCCGCUCUCGCCGCUCUCCCAGCUGGCGGAGAGCGGGGUGGUGCCGCGGGCGGGCUUCGCACUGUGCCUGGAGGGGGACGAUGCCGCUGCUGCUGGGGGGGGCAGCCACCUGCUGCUGGGGACCACUGACGCCGGGCCUGCUAGCGGGUCGACCCGCGUGUACAAGAACAGCCUCAGGUGGCUUGCCUUGCCUCGCAUUGGGAUGACUGCGUUGGUGUAUGUGAAGAUAAAGGACAUGCGUCUGGGCACGGCGGACCUGGUCGUCACACCCGACAUGUUCCCACCGCUCUCCUCCACGGGAGCAGGGGGCACGGCACUCGACUCCUCCUCUGCUGCCUCCGUGCUGCCCCGACCCGCCUACAUGGCUCUCGCCACCGCUUUCCUGGUGCAGUACCCGCUCAUGAAGUUUGCGUCGUCGGAGAGCGCACAGGAGGGGGUGGACUGCCUUGACGCCAAUGACUACCACCAGGCAUCCAUGACCCCCGCGGAGUUCCUGCAGCAGUUCCCGCCGCUCACACUCGUGCUGGCGGGCGGCAAGGGCAGCGCUGACUUCACCAUCGCGCCCACCAACUACCUCAAGAUCGUGCCGAGCAGCCCACACGUGGUGUGCUUCACAGUGCGCAUGGCCAGCAGUCAGGCAGAGCGUGCAGUGAUAGGCGACCUGUGGAUGCGGGACAAGUACCUUGUCAUUGACACGCACAAAGAUACACUCUCAUGGAUCGAUGCUAACUCCCCAGCCCCCGUUCAACUCCUCCUCCACCAACCCACCAGACGGCCCCCCCCCCCCACAGCACAGCCCAGCACCUCCCCCCCUUCCAUCUUCGAGAACAGCCCCGGCCCCACUGCUGCUCCCCCCUCCAUCGCCCCACCCUCCAUUCCCCCCCCCUCCCUGCCUCCCCCAAGCCCCCCUCCACCACCUCCACCCCCGCCCCCAAGCCCCCCUCCACCCAACAACCCUCCCCCGAACCCCCCUCCUCCACCCAACAACCCUCCCCCGAACCCCCCUCCUCCACCCAACAACCCUCCCCCAGCCAACCCGCCUCCUCCGCCGUCCCCGCCAAUCGAGCCCCCUAUAGCCGGCUGUCAGCCGUCGCCCACGGACUGCGCCUUCUUCUUCGCGGGCCACGAGGGGCAGGUGCCCACCUUCUCUAUCCAGCCGCGCCAGGGCGACGCUGUGCUGUCCACGAGUGAGCUUAAAACGAGUAUAAUGGGCAGCGACAUCCAGGUGCUGGCAGGCAACUCGGGCGAGGCGCAGAUCGUGUGCGCCGAGGGCCAGGGGGCCGGGGCCGGCCUGGGGGGUGGGCAAGGCUCGGGGCUGACAGCAACGGCAGCCAUGGCUAUGAACGAUGGUGCUGUGACACAGGACAUUGGCAACCAGCUGUAUAUCACCGGCACGGACGUGCAGCAGCGCACGUUCAACCGAAUAGAGAACCUGUUUGCACUGCGCAACGCGUAUGUGAAGCUGCGGGUGACGGCGGCGGAGAUGGACGUGUUUGGCAUGACGGUCAACAUGAACCCCGGCGACGGCAACUCCUACUUCCCCGAGGACAAGCGCUGCGUGCUCUUCAAAACCAAACUGCCUGACGGCUGA